AUGUUGCAUGAAGUUUUGUCGAUGCCUUCACUGUCAGGAGUCAUGAGGACACUUUUCUGUCUCCUUCUCUGGAAGAAAACAGCAGCUCAAAGUGUGCAGGUGCGCUGCUCGGUGGGGCCGGUGGGAGCGCUGCACCCGGUUCAGGGUCGGCUGGAGCGGUUCGAUGCCGGGCCGGGCUGCGCUGCCAGAGAACGAGGAGACAAAGAAACUCAUGUCAUCGCAGUGGGGAGAGUUACAAACAGCCCAGAAAACAAGGUGACGGUGUUGCUGAAGCCUUUUUCUCUGACGCCUCUCAGAAACAUCCACCUGCUGCUCAGCUCCAAGAUACCAGUCAGCUGGUGGCUGGAGGCCGAGAAACUCCCCCCCAACGUCCCUGUACUGGUGCAGGUAUCUUCAAACUCCAGUGUGCAUACCAGCACGCUGCAUUUAAAUGUCCAGACGGUGCAUUCACUGCCUUUUCAUCCUCGUGCUCUGCACCGCUGGGCUCUGAAACACCACGGAAACCUGUCCUCUUUCACACACACAACUCACGGAAACCGAGUCUACGUCCCACUGGGAGAAGACCCCAGCCUCCCUGCUGUGUGCCAGUUGCAGUCCGUGUUCCUCUCCAACAGCUACGUGACCUCUGACCUGCAGACACAGGAAGUGCAGGGCUGCAGUGACGCUCCAUCAGGAGAGAUCAGUGUUGAAGUCCAUGUGAUCAAACUCCAUUCAGCGGGAUCAGGACUCUGUGGCUCUCUCCAGGUGGAGGUGAUUGUCUCUCUUCUGCCACUGAAAGUCGACUCAAGGACGCAGACGGUUGUUCUGAUUCUCAGCAGCUCGGUGCCCGUCAACUGGGCGAUUCACGCGCCUGGUGUCCGGGGUCAAGUUUCUGUUUAUUCCUCCCACAGUGUAUCCCCGCCCUACCCAGCGGAGCCGGACCUGACCCUGUCCAUCACCCUGACCUCUGACCUCUCCUCAGUACCGGACCUUCUGGUUUGGACCCGUGAGAGUGGACACCCCCAUGUGACCUCGUACACUGAGGCUGACCUGGCCAAUCGCUUUGUGAUCCAGCUGUCUGGGGGCGGGACAGAUGUGGUGGCAGUGAAGAGUCCGGUCGGUGCGAAGCCUCGCUGGGCGGAGGAGCGCCAGCUGAGGCAGUGGCUUAGCGGAGGAGGGAGAACGGGAGGAGGACGGGAGAUUUUCACGGUGCAGUGUGAGGACGGACGCCUCAGCGUGAGCGUAGACCAACACAUCCUGCAGAGUGUGUCUGUCCCUGUGGUCGCUGUGACUCUACGAGACUCUGCAUGCCAGAGUCAGUCUAACGGCAGCCACUUCCUGUUGGUGUUUCCGGUCAUUUCCUGCGGGACUGAGGUUGUUUUCACAGAAAAGCCUCGAGGGGUGCAGUACAAAAACAUGGUGUUAUUAUGGAGGGCCGAUCGUCAGUCCAUUCUCACACUCAAUGAGACAGAACUGAAGUCCAGUAUUCCCCUCAGCAUACCUUUCAGCUGUCUGGCGGGAGUUCCCCCCCUCUUCAGAUCUGUUAGUGUGGAUAAUGUUAACUCUCCGGAGAAAAAUCCUCUCCCAUGGGCAACUGAGGAUCAAGGACUGAGCAACGUACCAACUCAACCCAGAAACAAAUCCUGGCCUGUUCUCAUUUUGAAGCUUUUUGUCACCGAGAGCUACGAACAAAGGCGAAUUGGCCCCUGUGUCAUAACUGCAGACCAACGUGUCUAUGUGGAGAUUUCAGCCAAAGGGUCCAUCAUAGAAGUCGUGGAGGUGAAGUCGUGUGCGAUCUCUCCUCUGUCAGACUCAAAAAAGUCUCCUUUCUGGAGCAUCAUAAGCGACGGCUGUUCCUCGGACCAAUCACUGACCCUCACUGCAAGAACGAAAGAUGAGGAUGAAGAAGGAGAUGGAGAACUGGAAGAGGAAAACGAAGAGAUAGAUGGACCGGAUAAAGACCGAAAUAGAGAUGUCCAACAACAACUUAAAGUUAACCGAAGAGGGAGAGAAGCACCAGAACCGAUAGAAAAGAAGAAAGCAAUGAGAGAGGAGAUACAACCCCUGAGAUUUAGCUUCAUCCUGAGACCAGUUUAUAAUAACUCUGUUCAGUUCCUCCACUGCAGCCUUCUUCUGUGUACCUCCGAGUCAAAAAGGGGGGAAUCGACAAAGGAGACAGGAAAUAAUGACUGUGAGGAUGAACAACGUAUCCCUCCACUUGUGUCUAGAUCAACCAGACAUCAGUGUGAGAUCAGAAACCUCUCCAGGCCGAUGGUGGUCACCGUGCCCAUCAGCUCACUGGCACCCAAACCUCUGCAUCCUCCUGCUGGACCAACACCCAAGAAUGUUUCCCCAAUGACCAGUCCAGACCCCGAGCACAGCAGCGCGGCCAAACAGACAGGAUUGUUGAUGGGCGUCGUCUUCAUUGCCUUUGUUAUGGGGGCCAGUCUGAUGGGGGGCGUUUGGUGCAUCUAUUAUUACACAGGAAGAGAAAGUCACUUAACAGCCAACACUCGAGAAGGCCACACCAUCUAUAAUCCACUGUCAGCAGCUGAUCAGUCCUCCAGCUCCGUGUAGAGGAUUUCCUGCAAAUCUGAGAACUAGGACAGAGGUUUCUAACAGCUUGUGUGUGUGU